AUGUACGCGCUACUACUACUCGUUGUGAUCGCUUCGUUCGAAGGGAGUGCAGAGGUGAUAAGGACUGCUCAAAUUAUCGGGUAUGAAAUAGGUGGUAGUCAGAUUAGCUUCAGCUUGGAUGGAUUUGCAAUUGGCGAAAUGGACCACCUUAAAUGUGUUCUUCGAUUCCAUGACAGACGUGAUUCUAUCGAGAUGGAACCAUAUAUCCCUCGAGACAGACUAAAUGCGAUCUGUCGCCUUUCUCCGGAGAUCAACGCCGGACGUAUUGACAUUGACCUUGUAGUUACAACGUCUAGCACGUCUGUCCCGUUUACCAAGCUUGCCAAGUCUACCAAUACAGCGAUAUUAUCCAAAACAUUGUUCGUCGACCCGAUUCCAAAAGCUGAGAUUAGAGUCGUGGAGAACUGGGACGCAAAUCAAGUGACUUUAACAUGGAGCGCCGAAUAUUUCGCACAGUUUUUCAAACCGGGUGCCGUUAUCUUGAUGCAAUUAAAUGUGUACGUUGCCAACAGCUUCGAUCCAGACUUCGAAACGUCUCAGAUUGUUCAACUCGUGGGACAAAAUUCAGGCUCUGCGACUGUUACCCUUUCGGCUGCCAAUGCCGCAAGAUUUUCGAAUGUUUAUUAUCCAUAUUUCUAUGUUUUACGACCGAUAGGAACACAGUCGGAUAUUUUCUUGGCUUCGCUCCUGUUUGCGCCUACUUUAAGUAUGGAUGAAUCUUCGGCUGAGAGAACAUGUUCAAAUUGGCUUAAGUCUGCAAACGUUCCUAUUUCUCCUGAUGAGAUCCAUCCAUGUCCACCUUGCCUGUGUCAGGUUGAAUUAGACACAAACUUCGUUCCGUCGGAAUAUCCACCACAGCUAGUUGAAUUGGCAAAUGGGACAUUAAAUGAUCACGUGCUCUACUAUGAACGGGUGCCCACCCAGUCAGGAUAUGCUCAAUCAUGUUCAUAUAACCGGUCGACUCGGAAUCUCGCAACCACAUCACCAGCACAAGCUGGUUGGAUUCACUAUCUCAGCAAGCACAUCUCGUACGAGCAUAACUAUUUUUCAGAUAUCUGGCCUUACAUGGUUUGUUGCCUGCAGAGUAAUAGCCAGGAGUAUUGUGACCUCUUCCAUGAAAAAAGACCCAUCAACACAGGACACGAAUACCCAGGCCAAGAAAAUCCGUGUAUUGGAUGGGGUGAUCCUCAUAUGCAGACCUUUGAAUCAGUAAAGUACGAUUUUAUGGGACAUGGAGAGUUUUGGCUUAUUCGAGGCCCAGAAGGAAGCGAAUUCGGAGUUCAAGGGAGAAUGUCACCAUCUACUGCAGGCCAGCUGGUCUCCUUCUACAAAGCAGUUGCAGUUAGGGACGGAAACACAACGGUUCAGAUUGAAAAGCGAGCAGGAGCCUUGAUUGUAUUGCUGAAUAAAUUGCAACUUCGAUUUUCAACGCUUCCAGUAUCUUUCCCUAUGGACAGCGUUUACCUUGUCAUCGACAGUGAUCGUGUAGAGGUACGAUUUCAAAGUGGCUUUUCAAUCACUGUUGUGAGUAGAGGUUAUACAUAUGUCGAUGUAUAUGGCAGAGCUGCACGAUAUAACAAGGGUAAAGGUUUUAUGGGCAUCUUUGGAAACUUCGAUGACAAUUCUGACAAUGACUUAACGAGCCAGGAUGGAUUUGUGAUUCCACCGACUGCAGAGAACCUUAGGGAUUUGAGCUUACUCCACCAUAGAUUCGGACUGACCUGGCUGGUAAAUAGAACUGAAAGCUUCUUCGUCUAUGAGGACGGGAAAAGUUGGGACGAUUUCGUGAAUGUUAGUUUCGGACCAAUUGUGCAAUAUCCGGAUCCGGCAACAUUACCACAGGAAGUGAGAGAAAUCUGUGGGGACAGUUUGUUUUGCUAUUAUGAAUACGUGGGUACCGACAGUUUGGAACAGGCAUCGGAAGCGGUUAGAAAGGAAACAGCAUUUGAUGAACUUAGAAAGGAAAUGGAAAGGAAGAUACCAAUGUGCGAGACUUUAGGUCGACCCGCCAAUGGAAGAGUACAGGUAAACGGAUAUUUGGAUGGAGCGUUAGCGACCUAUUCCUGUAACAGAGAAUACGACGUCAAAAGCGGAGACAGAGUUCGCACAUGUUCUGCGUCGGAGGAGCUAUCACAAUGGACAGGAGUGGAACCAGUCUGUAUUUGGACCUGCACAACGUGUUUGGAAAGUAUGGAAUUUGAACUUUCACAUGACCCGAGUGAUUGUACAAAAUUCUUCCUAUGCUCAUUUGGUGAAAGGUUUUCGCUAGACUGUCCUAUUUCGCAAUCUUUUGAUCCGGAGAUGCUUUUCUGCUCAGCUGACCACAAUUGCAGUGGUACUCCCAGUUGUUAGAAGCUCUACAUUGACACGCCCAAUUGCUUUUUCUUAUUGGAUUGCGUAGUGCGACGAGUGAAGAACAUUUUUUGUUAAAUUAAAAGUUUUGUUUUUGGAUUACAGUAUCUGAUUUGUGGAUUCAUUAGUUAAUGAUGCUGUGAGAGUUCAAGUGGUCUAAUGCUCAACAGGAUUACACUUUAUAUUACUGAAACACCAAACAAAAUCUGCAAAAAAUGGAUUUGCAACGCGA